AUGGCGAUGAAGAAACGUGGCUUGACAGCUGCGUCAGCACUCGCUUUACAGGUGUCAGCAGGCGACUGGAGGAGAGAUCACAUCGGCAUUAAAUGGAAAAUGGACGGACAGUUUAUCCAGAAGCAUCUGACUGGGAUUGAGCCCCUAACCGGUUCCAACUAUGGCAACUGGAAGAUGCAAGUUGAAAUAGUACUUGGGUGUCUUGACUACGACUAUGUUCUCACUGAAGAUAAGCCAGAAGAGCCUGAUGAGUCAUCAAGUCAAUCUGAAAAGAAAUCUCAUGCUAAGUGGGUCAAAGCCAACAAGCUUGCAAUGCUGAUCAUUAGAGCAUCGGUGGACCAGACUAUUCGUGGAGGGAUUCCGGCUUGUGAAACUGCUAAGGAGUUGCUUGAGACCAUCAAGAAGCAGUUUGAGGGAUCCGUUAGAGCGAGACAGUACAAUUAUCUGGUCAAACUCAUUAAUCUGAAAUAUGAUGGAAGUGGUGAUGUUCGGCAGCACAUUUUGAAGGUCUCUCAGUUGAUCAUUCGUCUCAGGGAGUUGGGACUUCAGUUAGAGGAUGAUCUAAUGGUUCAUUUUGCAGUCGCUUCUCUACCAAGCAAAUUUGACACUUUUAAGGUGAACUACAGUUCUCAAGACUAG